CAGCGCAGCAGACGUGCUGAAGACUACUACUGUUGUCGCUGCUGUUGUUUUGGCAUCUUUGUGGGUUGGUUUAAUCAAAUGCUGAAGGAUGUGGUUACAUUUCCACAUCUUUUCAUCUUAAAUUAAUGGGUGCUGGAUUACGCUGCGAGGACACUAGUUCUGUCUCACCCCGCACAGUGCUAAGUGGCAACAAAAUCAUGGGAAGGGGCUAAAAUCUCCAGGUACAGUCAAGAUGCAGUACACCUCGUGCACAGAGGACCGGAUCCAGCACGCUCUAGAGAGAUGUCUGGACGGACUCCGGCCAUCUGAAAAUCUGACACAGUCCUGGAAUGCUGGUUGGUGUAUGAACCGUUGGACUCUAGAGGAGCUCGUAAAGAGAGACCCAGAGAAUCUUCUCAUCCUUCUACAGCAAAUUCUCAGAAAAGCCAGAGAGGUUCAGAAGCAGUGUCAUUAUGAACUCGUGGCCCCCUUGGCUCUAAUGUUUGAGUCCACACUCCUGCAGAUUCCACGCUGUCCAUCUGUUGGAGAGAUUCUUACAGAAGCUUGUGAAGUCUUCCAUGGCUUUCUAGCAUGGCCUGAACCCUACUGUAGCGUGUGUCGUAACCUGCUCUCUACUUUAAAUCAAGAGCUUAGAGCUCCAGGAAUUUCGUACCACAGACUGGUGAGAGAGGAACAAGGCCUGGCCACCUCCAGUCAGCGUUCUAAGAUCAUUACAGUGUUGUUGAUGAAUCCGGCUGAGGUGCCUGCUGAGUUCCUGUCUGUGGCGGAACAGCUCAGUGGAGCAGAGGUCUCCGAGAGAGAGAGCAGCAUUACACUCAUUAAACACAGCUACCAGUCAGUGCUUGGAAAUAAAUACCCACUACAGACCAUCAGCCAUGCUUUACAGUCCGUUAGUGAUGAUGAGUUGGCACAGAUCCUCUCCUCAGUGAGUGACCUUCUAGAGUCUGCGGCAAUGAUGACGAACAUAACUAAAGCUCGAGAACAUGUUGUGGGAGGCCUAGAAGCAUUGCGGGACAAACUUGGCAUUCCAGCCUCCAGUGGCACGACAUCAGAUGGGGUUCUUCAGAUGCUCAGCCUUUCAGCAGCCAAAUGCUACACCUUCCAUUGGGACAAGGAUAAUUUUGAUGUUCUAAACCACCUUUUAGACAUAGAGAGUGACAUAACCUUAUGUCAGAUGCCUGAGGACAUGGGGGAGGAGGACGAUGACAAUGUUGAUGUGGAAGAUGAUGAAGAUGAGGACUUGGACGAGAUGGAGAGAUUUGUAUCAAACGGUUGCAUUGACUAUCGAGCCUCAACUUUCUCCACUGUGUCAUCCCUCUCCACGGCCUCCAAAGACUCCAUGUUCUCCACUCUGUCAGUCGCUUCCUCCGAAUGUUCUCCCCUCUCUACACUCUCAUCUUCUUCUCAAGCUUCAGGCACAGACAGUGACUUCUGUGAGGAUGUAGAGGAGGACAGUGUGAGCGUAGUGUCUACCUCUAAGAUUAAAAGCAGCGCACGCUUUUCACAGCGUCUCUCGCGACUCUUCAAACCUCGCAGCAGCAACUCUCUCUGUCGAGCCAAGAGCCUGGGCAGCCCUGAGGCUAAAGAGUUAGUGGUAGCCGUCCGCUCUAAGAGAUCCAAUUCUCUACCACAGCAGGUCCGACUGCGAAGCUCUGAGGGAUUUCCAACAGGCCCCCUCUCGCAGCUGCAGUAUGUUUGCUACAGGAGAAGACCCAUUCUGAGUAGCGAUGAUGAGGAAGGCCCAACGGGGGCCACUCUGGUCAGAGUGGUGGUGUUUGGGGCAGAUCACGUGGCAGGAAGGGUCGCCCGAGCAUAUAGCAGUUUGAGGAAAAAAGAGAGAGACUGUCCGCAUCUUACCAAAGCUUUCAGAAUGAGGUUUUUUUUUGUGCCCGUGAGGAGGGAUACAGCUCCAGUCAGCUUUACCUUGAGGAACCCUGGUUCUACACUGCAGCUCUCAGCAAGUCCAUUGAAAACAGCCAUCUCUAGCACAGAUUGCAGUGUGAACGGCAUAGAGGACAGCACUAAUGACAUCGCAAGUCUACUGGGAAUGCUCGACCCCUGGUAUGAGCGUAACAUUCUGAACUUGCUAGAGCUGCCCGCUAAUGUGGUGUGCCAGCAAACAUCAAAGAUCGAGUCAGAUUUGUGUGAAGGCACUGGUGAGGAGCGUUUACCGAUCUUUGCUGAUCUGGUGCUAUAUUACUGCCGCCAUGCCACCCACUCCACACUCAUUCAACUCUACCAUGCAGAGUUUACACUCGCUGGAGGAGAGAGAAGUACUGAAGUGUUUGUUCACUCUCUUGAGCUGGGUCACACAGCUGGUACAAGAGCCAUCAAAGCCAUGGGUGCUGCAAGUAAGAGGUUUGGCAUUGAUGGAGACCGUGAGGCGGUUCCUUUGUCACUGGAAGUCACUUACAACAGAGUACAUAUCAGUGGCAGGAGUCAGAAAACGAGGGCAGAGAAGUCCUGCACUUCUAUAAACCUGCUAAAAGCCUGCAGGAAUCCUGAGGAACUAGAUUCUAAAAUGGAGUGCCUUCAUUUGACAAUGACAGAAGUGCUAAAGAGACAGAACUCUAAAUCAAAGAAAGGCUACAAUCAGCAACUCACCACCACACAAGUAAAAGUGGAUAAGGUUCAGGUUAGUGGAACUUAUGACACCACAUUUGCAGUUUGUCUGGACCAAGAUGAGAAGAAAAUUAUACAGAGUGUGACCAGGUGUGAGGUAUCAGUUUGUUAUAAGCUGGAUGGUUCAGAUGACUGGACAAGAGGAAGGGUGUUCUCGUCUCAAAUCCAGCCUCUGCACCCAACCUUCUGCUCUCUGCUUUGCCUUCCAGUUGCCACUUUCAGUGGACCUCAGCCUUAGAGCAGGCUUGAGCCCAAACCUCCAGCCAAAGAGAAGACUCACAUCUAGCUAAAACUAUACCCAUAUAGACCAGCUAUCCACUCUGCCUAAAUAUAUUUCAGGAUUUAUCAUCUUAUCCCAAAAUACUACGGCCUACAUCCUAACACUUAUAACACUUAACUCAGGACAUAAUCUAAGAUACAUGUUUGGAUAAAAGUGUUAUCUGUUAUUACAUUAGAGGUAAUAUAUCCACAAAUGCUGGAGUUGUUUGUAUCAAACUUCCGAGAUUCAGAUGUUUUUGCCUGAGAUGCAUCCUACUGAAUAUAAUUCUGUGGACAAGUGGGACUCAACUGGCAUAGCACAUAGGAAUGAUACAGAUCUGCUCUCUGUGACCAACAUUUGAAUAUGGUUAUCAGCUAAAACCUCAGUCAUCCUUAACCAUGGUUGGGUACUUUUGAACUGGAUGUUAUAAUGUAGAUUGGUUUGGUACUGGGGCUUGUCCUGGCCCUCACAGAACCAGACUGGAGCUCUAACUAUGAAAACAAUUUUCGUUCUAUCAUCUUUCUUGCACUGUCAUAUUAAACAGCGCCUAAUUAAGCACUGUGGAAUAUGUAAUAAUAUGUUUGUAUAUAUGACUGUAGCUAUACUCAAAAUACUCAGGAAAUGUUUAUUGCUUUUAAAUCUUUUAAUCUCAAGUUGUUUAUUUAAACUUUUGUUUGUCUUGCCAGAGAAAUUAGACAGUGCCUCAGUUUUUAGUCCUGACAAAGUUUUCUGUUCUCAGUUAUUUUUGUAGAUAUUUGUAUAGCUUCUCCACUAUUUAAAGUCAUAUAUUUGAAGAUAACUGGCAAUCUUCAGAAACCUGCCCUAAUUAAAUACAUAUUAUUGUAGUUUGGUCUUUAGGCCAACAGAGGUCGCUGUAAACCAGUACAAACUUAUAGCCUCUGGACGCUGACGAGUGGUGGGUAAACACAAUAUCAUAGGGUAUCACUGGCAGUGAAAAAAAAGAGAAAUGAGAGCCUAGCACAAAAUAGUUCAAAAAGUACAUUGUAAUACUGGCAUAGUUUGUAAAACACUGUAAGUUAAAACCUUUCAUUUUAGAAAAAAUAGGUCAAAUGUGUGAUAUGUUUAUAUUUACCUCCUAAAAUGAUUAGCAUAAUUAUCAAAACAGUAAUUUUUUAUAAUGUCUGUUUCUUCUCAGGUUGCUUUAGAAACACUUAUACAUUUUAUAUAUUUUAGAAAGAUUACCAAGCAGAUGUGUACAAUGUACAAAUGUUGUAUGUGUUUUUAUUGAAAAACAUUUAAAGUAAAUUGAGGUAUUUUCAUCCCUCUAUCUAUGGCCAAAUUAUAAUUUUGUUUUAAUCAUUUCUGUCUUAAUGUAUAUGUAACAUUGCAGUUAUAUUCAAUUUUCAGACAUAGUACACAUAAUUUUUUGUGACAAUGUUGCUGGAAAUGGUGUUUUGGUUCUGAAAUGAUGGCCGAAGGAACUUAAAUUUUAUCCUGGAAACCAAGAGAAGUAAUGCGGUACUUUCUAUGUGACUUUAAGGUGCUUUAUAUUUGUCUUAAUUGCUUUAUAUUUGUCCAAUGUAACAAGUCAAAUUAAAUAUAUAUUAAAUA